AAGGAUCGGAGAAGACAGUGGAAAAGGCUGGAACAUUUAAAUCUGUUCAACUUUUUGACCCCAAAGUUAGCUAGCCGAGACAGAUCAAAAUUUGUGCAAUUCUAUUACAGAAUAUUGCUGAAGAAUUUGAGUCAUGGAUUCUGAUACACAACCAAUGUCAGCAGGGGAAUUGAAAACAAGGCUCUACCAUACAUUCAGAGAAAGGGGUCUUGUUGAAUCACUUAAGUCCCAGCUACGAACCAAGUUAGUGACAGAACUUCGCCAGAGUGCUGGUUUACAGCAUGUCAAGUUUGCAUCAAGCCCAUCAUCAGUGGUAACGGCUUCCCUGGAUGGUUCCUCAUCACUCAUGCUUAGAGCUGCCAACUCCCUGGUCGUCGACCACCUGAGACGAUGUGGCUAUGAUUACUCUGUCGCUGUCUUUAUGCCAGAAAGUGGUGCUACAGAUGACAAGAUGUUCACAUUACCAGAUUUAUUAGAUCUUCUGAGGAUUGCCCCAAGCUCUCGAUUAUAUAAGAAGUUGGCAGCUGAACUACCAAGUUAUGAUUCAAAAGGAUUUCUUUGGCAAUUAUUGACAGAGCUCAGUGCUAGUCAAGCAAGAAAACAGGAGCAUGUAGGCAUACAGGUUGAUACACACCCAAUACACCAGUCUUCCCUAGAGAGAAAAUUGCAGAGCGUUGAUGAUGUUUACAAUCAGAGAUCAGAAGAGGAUGAAAUUAUAAACAGACAUGCCAUCCAAGAGAAGCUACUCAAACUCAAACGUGAGAUGGAGAUCAGAUCUAGGGAAGAAAUUAAUCGUGAGAUCUCAAGGUUCAAAGAAAGUGCAUUGAAACGUGUUGAAUUGGAGGAAAGAGAGAAAGCUCGUAAAGAAAUAGCAAGUGCUAGAAGAGAGAUUGAGAAUACCUACCAAGCAAAGUCAGAUGCACUUAGGGAAAGAGAACAAUCUACGAUGGAAAGGAUACAAAAACAUCAAGAGUUAGUUGAGAAGGAAACAUAUGCCCAGAGACAGAGCCUUCUUGAAGAGCUUAGGGCUAUUAAACAACGAGAGGCGGAUCUCAGAAGAGAAGCAGAGAUUAACAGAAGGGCUGCAAAGAUGGAAGAAGACAAGAGGAAAGCCUUGGAGGAAAACUUGAAAAUAAGAGAAGCAUCUGUGUCAAACAUAGAAACAACAUAUGAAAAUAAACUCAAGGAAGAGACAAGAAGGUUUGAAUUGGAUUAUGAGGCUAGACUUGCCAAGAGAUUGAAUGAGCUUGAACAGAGAGAAGCCAAAAUCAGAGCUGAACAGAGAAGUAUGGUUGAUGAAAAGGAAACCCUAAAAUCAGUUAAAGAGCAACUACUUGGAAAGACAAAUCAUAUUCUAGAAUUAGAGAAUCUUCUGAAGGAAGCAAAGGGUGAAGCUGCAUCAGCUGCAAAUAGAAGUGAUGCUUUACAUGAGAGAAUGAGAACAAUGAUUGAUUAUCCUACGCUGAAGGAGAACAACACUAUUCUCAAACGAGAUCUGGAACAUGCAAAAAUGCGUAUCGCAGAGCUUGGAAGCGAGUACAAGGGAGAGCAGAAGAGGCAUGAAGAAUUGAUCAAGCAGCUGAGUGAGAGGAUGUCUAGACCGAGCCCAGAACUACAGGCCUUGAGGAAUGAACUGCAGCAGACGAGAGAACAGCUCAGUCAUGAAAAGGCAACGAUACAACACAUGGAGGCACAGUGGAAUGCAAGAUUACAAGAAGAGAUGGACGCAAACAAGGACCUACGUCAUAGGCUAUCAGAACAGACCAAUGAGAUGUCUUCUCUCAUGCGGCAGCUAGCUGAUCUCAAAUUGGCACUUCGUCAGACUCAGACGGCUCUUAACAACAAUAUUUUCCAUGCAGACAGAAGUCGUGGGCUUGCUGUAGACAACACCAAUCACAACACGAUUCUAGGCGAGGACAUCUACAUGGAUACCUCCCUUCAUCGUAACACACUAGGUCCUGAGCUUCUGUUGGCUGAAUCAAACAGAUACCAACUGCCACUGGACGAUUCAAACAGCGGGGAAGAUAGCGAGUCACAGGGUGGAGACUCUAUUGCUUUUAUUGAGCAGACCAAGGCAAGGUUUAGACAGUUGGAGAGAGAAGCAGAGCAUCUGGAACACAACUACCAGGAUCUCCAGCAUAGGAUGAGUGGUAUAGGAGGAUCUUACCAGAGUCCAGGAGCUAAACCAUUGUUUUCCAGACCUACAGAUAUGCAAAUGUCAAGAAUUCCUGAUCAAACUUCACAUCUACCACCAGAUGGCAGCAGACAAGAUUAUGGAGAAUCCGCUCACAGCUCUCAUCAUUCCAACCAUCCCAGAAAACACUCUGGUCCACACAAGUCUAAAUCUAAAAAGGAUAGAUCGAGCGACGAUAGAACAAGACUUCCAUCUAGCACUGGAAGUACGGAGAUGGGUCAAGCUCUUGAUCGGACUGAUAGAAGGAUGUCUGAGAAGCGGACUCGGUCGUCAUCCUCAUCCUCAUCAUCAUCGAUGUCAUUGAAGUUGAAGACUUCAGAUCUUGGAGGUCCUGAUCUGAAAGAUGAUUCCAUGUGGAUGUCACCUGGGGCUACCACAGGUGCAAUAAACGAAGGAAACCUGCCCCACCUCAGUGACCAUUCCAUGCCCCAGGCCUUAAGUGAUGAUGAACAGAAGAGAGAAGAAGAAAAAAGACGUAGAAAAGAGGAAGAAGAAAAGAGGGUUGAAAUGGAGAGAAUUAGAAAGGAAGAGGAGAUGAAGAGACAACAUGAGGAAGAAAAGAUGAGAGAGGAGACCAGGAAAGCUGAGGUUGAUGAGGAUGAGAGGAGGAGAAGGAUUGAGGAAGAAGAAGAGGAGCAGAGAGCAUGGGAAGAGAAGAGAAGAAAGAAGGAGGAGGAGAGGAGACGAAAGGAGCAAGAAGCAAGGGAGAGGGAGCAGAAGAUGCUCAUGGAGCUUCAAAAACAAGAGUCAGCAGGUGCAAGCAAUGGUGUUCAAGAGCCAAAGCAAGAUAAUUCAGCUGGUCUGAAUGACACUUAUGAGUUGGGAGACAGUGGAAAGAAGGAAGAACAAGAAGAAAAGAAAGAGAAAGAGGAGGAGGAUGGUGUAAAGAUUGACCCAGUUAUGCAACGCUACAUGAUGAUGGUGCAACAACGCAAGCAACAGCAGGAUGCUACUCCAGCAACAAAGGAGCCAACAGUGAUAUCAGAUUCUCCAUCAAUCAGUCAUAAAUCAGAAGGAAGUAUAUCAGGAGAAGAGAUGGAAGGAGAGGUAGAAGACCCAGCAAGUGUUGGCAAAGCUUCUGAUAAUGAUGAUGAUCCUUUUGGAGACUGGUAACUGUCACCUCUUCACUUCAUCCAAUGUGACAUCUAGAGAAACAACCUGUAGAGUUGUUUUAUGUUUUGUUAUGUAUUUUAGAACUUUCUUUUUAAUUAACUGGACCAGUACUUGUAUUGAGAUAAGCGGUAGCUUGAAUUGGUGUUGUAUGGAUAGCCAAAUUUGACACAAAUUGCUUGUGAAUUUUGGUGUUUUUGGCCAUGUACCUUAACCAUUAUGUUUGUUAUCUUCGUUCCAAGAAAUUCAAGAAAUAAUUUCCAGAGGCACCCAUUAAUUAAUUUUUGGCAUACAAAGUAUUAAGAAACUGUCUUUAAACAGUCAUUCAGCUCAAUCUCGAGCAAAGUGAGUCUUAUGAAUUUAAUCAAUACACUUGAGUAGAUAGAUUUCUUGCAUUGAGAAAUUGUACACAUGAAACAAUGAUUGAAUCCCUCUUUGUGUCUAUGGAUUUAUAUUUAAAGUGAAAUCCAUCCUUAUGUCAGGUUUUAAGAGAAGCAGAAAAAUUAUAUAAACGAGCUCCAAUUAGGAAGAGGUAUUUUCUUAUCAAAAUAUAUGAAGGUAUAUUUUAUUACUCAACGUUUAUGAUUGUAUUUCUUGCCAGUGAAACAUGCUCCUGUAUGUAACUGGUUCUGCCCAGUC